AUGCACACAAUCGGCACUCGUGGAAAGAAUGGGCACGCAAUCAGUCGGACCCAUUGCCCGUUUAAAACUAUUCCGUUUGACAUAUGGGUCAGUAUUGCAACGAGAGUUGCGUCGUCUUUAAUUCAAGAUCUGUUCAACAUGCAGGCCACUUGCAGGCUAUUUGCAACUGUAUGCAGUUUCGACGCCGUGUACAUGCAUGCCUUGGUUUCGGAGUUACCCGUUGCUUGCCUCCUGCAUCACUCUGGGCGGGCUGCAAUGGGAUUUCUGAGCCGAUGCACCACGGUACCGAAUCCGGCCGCUCUGCUUCGGCUAGGGAUGGUUGCUUUAUUCUGGCUUGGUCACCGCAGAGGUGGUAUACAGACCGUGACCGAGGCAGCAGAGUUGGGCGAUGUGGAGGCCUGCUACCUCUCUGUGAUGCUGCUACUGUCGCUUGAUGUGAAGGACGAUGAUGAGAUCCGCCGUUGA